AUGACGGUGACGUAUAACACGAGAAAUCCUGCGGUUAAACGAUUGUUGAAAGAAGCGCAAGAACUUGCGGAGCCCACCGAGCUCUAUCAUGCACAACCACUCGAGGACAACCUUUUCGAAUGGCAUUUCACAAUUCGGGGACCCGAAGACACGGAGUUCUCCGGUGGCGUGUACCACGGACGGAUACUUCUGCCCUCGGAAUACCCAAUGAAGCCUCCAAAUAUAGUAUUGCUAACGCUACCAAUUAUGGUGGUCUAUGACUUGAAAGCCUCCUUUGAUUCUAUGGACCGUUAUGUACUUUCGCGGUGUCUAUGUAGUAAAGGUGUCCUCCGCAAAUUCCUGGUCGUUUUUGAGGCGCGGUAUGUCAGCUCCCGCAGAUGCGUGAAGGUCUACGGGAAGCUCUCCCCUGAGUUUAUUGCGUCAAUUGAGGUUAGGCGAGGUUAUCCUCUUUCACCUUUCAUCUUCUACUUCUCCACUGAUAUGAUCAUGGAUGACUUACUCGCCGCCUCUAAUGCUUCUGGGGUCCAAAUGGCCCCAGGGCGUUCGCUUGCAGAUGUGUGGUCCCAGUCGUUCGUCUGCGAUUCAUGUGGGCCUACAUCCAACCUAUUACGUCCUCUAACGGAUGCCUCGCGAUCUGUGUGUCUAGAAGCUGCCGAGGCUGCCUCUCAGAUUACAAUUACUGGGACAGGGGAUGGACAGAAACCAACAGAGGAGCCUGAAGAGCCAACCUUGAAGGAGGAUGGUGAUAAAAAACCGGACACAGCCCAAUCUGUCUCAGCCAUUCCGAGCAAUUCCGGGCCAGAAACUUCGGGUAUUAACUGCUCCUCAGUCGUCAGUACUGUCCCUAGUCCAAGUGGGCCAUCGAACCCUCCCACAUCCACUUCCACAUACAUGUGGACUCCCGGUGCAGCUGAAUGCCUACAAGCUACACAAGUAGCAUACUGGCUGUGUUAUCCGAUCUACUAUCCGAUACCCCCUUCUGUGAAUUCAGCUUCAUCUGGUCUCCCCUUGAAUGUGAUGUCCAACCUAGGCACUUCAACAUCUCUGACCACCACAGCAACUUCAUCCACUGGUGAUCGCGUCCCGUUGAGCUUCGCAGAUUGGCUGAAAAACGCCCGUCAGAAACGAGCUCUGGGCAGUCCAUCCGACCCUGCAUCUUGUUCAGGCACAGUAUCCGCUCCGCUGACCCCAGCCGUCGUCACCAAUUCAGUGACUUGUCUUUCACAUCGAGCAUCGGCAUCAUUCACCGUUCACCGUGAUUCAGUUCAUCAACAUCCCACCACAAGUGUACUAUCCACAUCCACACCUGCUGCAGAAGCUGUCACGAUUGCGGCCCCUAAAUCAACAUCUGGGGCUAUCGUCGAUUUACACUCCAGUGAAACUGUAACAUCGGAAAGUAGCAGAGAUACUGUUAUCGAAGCAAGACAAUACGAUCGAGCAGGCGGCGCUAUAAAGGAGGUGAUCCACGAGACUGCGCCAGAUCGAGAGGAGUUAGGUUCGAAAUUAUUGGACAAUAAGCAGAAAGACAUCAAAAGUAACCCGGAGCCGUUGAGCCCCACAUCGCUGAACCUGCUGCAGGAAUCCGUCAUCGCGAAUGGGGAGACAAAGACUCUGCCUGGAGAGCCUAUACGGGCACAAGCAAGCGACUUGGAACCAUCAAAUGACUUUGUACACUCCAACGUUUCUGAAGGGGCCGCUACUGGUCGUGUUCAACCGCCAGUACAAAAUCUUCUUGCAAGUGGGUCCUAUCACACAGCCCAGAUAGAUCCGGAAGAGUGUUCUAGCGCCCUCAGUCGCAGACGAACGUCAGAAGAUGGUUAUGCUGUAACUCCUUCAAGUCGUCCGGUCUCUGCUGAGCCACGAAGCGCUACUAGUCCUGUACCUUCAUCGCGGGUCGAGAGCACUGCUGUGAACGUGCAUUAUCGAGCAGCGACGGUUUGCGCUGCAGGUGUCGCAGUUGCGCUCUUCCUCAUUGUCAUGCGUCGUCUGUCGCUCAUGCUGCACGGAGUGUGAGAUGCAACCUUAUUUCGUGUAGCUUCGAUUCAUCGCUGUGUGGUGCAGGUAGAUCCUGCCUUCGGUAGACGAACAGCUAUCUUCCAGACUGUACUCGUUGACCGGUUUGCAAAUGGUCUAUUAACACUUGAUUGUGCCUUGGGAUUCAACCAUUCUUUCACUCCACUUUGGUUUUGCUGUCUCCGCCCGGAGAAAAGGGGCUGCAACGCACGAACAUGUGGGCCACUUUCACUUCUUUUAACUUACAUUCCCUACACUUUGCACAUGUCAGUUGUUGAACGAAAUUCCUC